AUGGGAAGGCUGGGCAAUGGAGAAGGCGUGUGGGGUCCUGAGAAAGAGUCAGCAGUAGCCGAAUUGGGUAUAGGAGGAGGGGCAAGACCCUGCUCCUCAGAAGUGAGAGAGGAGACAAACUCCCAAAUGCAGUGUAACUGCAUUUCACAGGACAGAAGUCCCAGGUCUGGGGGCAAAUCCAGUCGACCUGCUACGACUAAUUUAGUAGCUGAGACUAAGAAAUUAUAUGAUGUCAACCCUAGCUGUGCAAAGUCCCAUCCUGUGUGCCCCAAAGUAAAGACACCUCUUGAAAAUUGUGUUCCCCGAAGGCACACAUGUGGCACCAGUUCUUUGGCAAAGCCCCUCAGUGAGCAGCAGACUCACUUCCAUGCAUGUCUGAAUUCUGGAACCAGGUUUGCCCAGAGUUCAAAAGGUUCUCCUCAGCCAUCAACGUAUCUUACUAUUCUAAAUGAACUUUUCAAGUCAGAGAGGCUAACAGAAUUAGAGAACAAGGUAAAAAACAAGACAAUCGAGGCACUGGAGAGCCUGAACAGAAAAAUAGAAGGGGCCAGGCUCAAGCAGGAGCGCCUGCUGCAAGACAGCAGGCUGCUGCAGCGUGACACUCUCUGUGUGGGAGCCGAGAAGAACUGCCUUUUGCGAGUCCUAAGGAAGCAAAGUGAGCAGUGUAAACAGAAACACUGGCAACUGUGGAGCCAGCGUGUUCAGCAAUGGGGGGAGAUUAUGCAAAGGAAACAAGAACUGACACUCAGGUUCGCCAAGCAAACUGAGGAACUUCAAACACAGCUCUUUCAGGGAAAGAUCAAGCAGUUCCAGUUGGAGCAGCAAUUUCAGUCAAUGGAGCACAUUUCCUCCACACAGAAGAGCCAGCAGAUGAAAAUCCAGAUGUUAGAGAAGGAACUGGAGGAUGUGAAAGCUGAGACGGCUCGGAAGGACCACCAGGCACAAGUACAGUUCCUGCAGCGAAAGACACACCUAAUAAGACAGAUACAGGGACUCCGGUCGCUGCAGGCAGGAGACCAUAACACCCCAGAGGUUAGGCAGAAGGCCCAGCUCUUCAAGUCCACAGCCAAGAAAGUGAAUUUGGAAUUUUGCCUUAGUGUCUGCAGAGAGAACCAGGAGUUACAGGAAGAUCUAGUGAAGCUAAUCCAGGAGUACCACAAACUAGAGUCUAUAAAGAGGAAACUGGAGAUGUGUAAAAAGUGGCUGAAAGAGGAACGGUGGUAUCAAGAAGCCUUAGUUAGGGGGAGAGGACAGCUUAAGGCAAAGAGGGAGAGGAGUCAUACUUGUGACCCUUGCCCCCCAAACCAGGAUGUCCUGAGGCCACAUUGA